AUGGAGAAGAAGAACUCAUCCGAGGUGUCACAGCAGAUCCAGGCGGCGCUGCUCCUCUGUAUCGGCGUAUCUGCCAUCUCCAGCGGCUCCGGGCAGCAUCAGCAGCAGCAACACGGAGGCACGGAGCAGCAGCUGCAGGUGGUGGCGCAGCCCGGGGAGCUGAGGAAGCAGACGCUCGCGCCCAAGCGGAGCUCCAACAAGGACCGCCACACCAAGGACGACGGCAGGGGUCGCCGGAUCCUGAUGCCCGCGCUGUGUGCUGCGCGGAUCUUCCAUCUCGCGCGGGGGCUCGGCCAGUCCGACGGCGAGACCGUGCAGUGGCUGCUGCAGAAGGCCGAGCCGGCCAUCGACGCCGCCACCGACACUGACACCAUCCCGUUCACGCCUUCGCCGUCCACUACAUCCUCUCCGCCCCCCACAUCGCCGCCUCCGUCGUCGACCCCGGCUCCAGCGACCUCCACUGCAUCCCUUCUGGGUGUUCUGAUCCUGGGCUAA